UCACAAGCCCUUCAUAUUAUUCUACAAAAACAUGAAAUUUCUAUUUCAAAAUCUUCUUUUUCAAUCACCUCUUGUUAAUCUUUUCUCUCUUACUACAAUCUUUAUCUCUCUACAUUGUGGUAAUGCUGUGAAUCUACCAAACAAUGAAACAAUUCCAGCACUCAUUGUGUUUGGAGACUCUAUAGUUGACUCAGGUAAUAACAACUACAUUGGCACUUAUGUCAAGUGCAACUUUCUACCUUAUGGUAGAGACUUUGGUAGUGGAAAUCAACCAACAGGAAGGUUUAGCAAUGGUUUAGUCCCUUCAGACAUCAUUGCUUCAAAAUUUGGAGUCAAGAAGCUUUUGCCACCUUAUCUUGAUCCGAAUUUACAACUUGAAGAUCUCUUAACAGGUGUAAGCUUUGCCUCUGGUGGUGCAGGAUAUGAUCCUCUAACUUCUCAAUUAGCAUUAGUGUUAUCAUUAUCAGAUCAAUUGAACAUGUUCAAGGAGUACAAGAAUAAGAUAAAGGAAGCAGUUGGAGAAAUGAGAAUGGAAAUGAUAAUAUCAAAGAGUGUAUACAUUAUUUGCAUAGGGGCUGAUGACAUUGCCAAUACUUAUUCUCAAACACCAUUUAGGAAACCACAAUAUGAUAUUCCAGCAUACACUAACUUAUUGAUUUCAUAUGCCUUAGACUUCAUUCAGGAACUUUAUGGUUUAGGAGCUAGAAGAAUUGGAGUAAUUGGCAUGCCAUAUAUAGGGUGUGUUCCCUCACAGAGAACAAUUGGAGGAGGAAUGUAUAGACACUGUUCAGGUUUAGAAAACGAAGCUGCAAUAGUCUUCAACUCCAAACUAGUAUCUCAAAUGGAUGCCUUUGAAAAUAAAUUUCCAGAGGCUAAGCUUGUCUACCUUGAUAUUUACAACCCAUUCAUGCAUAUGAUUCAAAACCCUGAUAAAUAUGGCUUUGAAGUAGUAGACGAAGGAUGUUGUGGAACAGGAGAAAUGGAAGCAGGCAUAUUGUGUAACAGUUACAGCUUAAACUUAUGUUCAAACCCUUCAAGCUAUAUAUUCUGGGACAGUUACCAUCCUACACAAGAGGCUUAUAAUUUGCUUUGUUCUAUGGUUCUUGAUGACAAAAUCAAGGACUUUUUCUAGAAAUUUUUAGUGAAAUAUGCCCAAAUAAGGAUCUAAGUCCAAGCCGUUGUAGGGUCCACACUUGACACAUUGUAUUGUUACAUGAGACGCACUUUGUUGAAUGAG